AUAUAUAAUUAGUGUUGUUAUUUUUAUGGAUAUUAGCAAUAUAUUAACUCAAUGUAACAAUGUGUACUCCGGUAGUCGUUGAUCAUGUGGUUAAGGAUGUUCUCGGAGUAACAUUAAAACGGCCUGAAAGAGGGACAUCUGGGACAACACCUACAGGGUCAAACGAACAGAGAUUCUACGUAGGUCAAUUCUACACUCGUAUUACGGGGUUGUCUAGUACUGAAGAGGUUACAUUAGACACGCCAGCCAUCGAUGAUGUUGUGAGAGCAACCGUCUUUGCCUGUAUAUUACAUAACAGAAAUCCGCUUAUAUUUUUAAGCGAAGCUUUUUGCAGAUGUUCACAUGCUAUUUCCAAUGUAGAAUCUGGAAAGAAUCCAUUUAAAAGCGCAGCUGUAUCAACGGAUGAGAAGCUCUCAAACGACCAACAAUGUGAUCUCAGACAACUACUCACACUUUUGGACGAAAAUAUUGUAAGAACAUCAGCUUUAAUAAUAAACUGCCCGGCGUUUUUUGAUUUAGAAACGUUAGUUGACAAAAAGGAUUUAAAGAGGCCUCCUUUAGAUGUACUGAACGAUGAUGUUAGAUGUAAUAUGAUGAUUGAAGUAUCGUCAGUUUCUAAGAAUUCGCUUUUCGUUCAAAAACUAAUUGAUGCCAUCUGGUUAAAUGACGAUAGUGGAGCUACAGUAGAAUUGUUUCGGUUAUUUACAAGGCUCGAACACAACGCAACCAAUAAGGUCAUUGGUGAAAAGCCAUUAGCUGAACUCAACGCUUUAACAAGUAUUACAGUAUCCAAUAUCGGUGCAAAAUUAUUUUUAAAUUGGAUUAGUGAUUUUCAAGGCAUUGAUAACAAACGAAAAACAUCAGGCGUUCAAAGAGAUGUACUAUCCCUUUGGGGCAGGAUAUUGUCAACCCAGCCCCUAAAUGAGGAGGCUAUAGACGCUGCCCCUAACUUCCAUACAACACCCAGUGUACAUGAAAAGGCUUUAAAUGCUAGGAAAAUCCACUUCCACGGGAAAAAGAAUAUAACCGCAAUUCGUAAUUCAUUGGCCAGCAUUAGACAAGAUCAUGAACACUACAUCGACCUCUUAGCUAACUUUUUAAAACAAGUAUUGAGGAAAGAUUUUAACACCAGAAAAGAUUUGUUGUUGAUAUUUGGGAAGUUGAUUGGAUUAAACACCGCAAUGCGACACAUAUCGAGGGUGACCCAUGUGGAGCAACCACCGUUGAGCAUCGAUGAUAAUUUUAAACGUCGACGACAGUUCAUGCAAGAUUCUACAUUUGGAACAUCUUUGAAUAUUAUGUGGUUGAUGUUAGUGCUUGCUGCAGGCAUCACCGACAGGAAAGUAGAUAGUAUAGAUCCCUAUUUUUGCCAAAUUGGAUUCUAUGCCAAGCACAAAAUGAGCAGUUCAGAUGACUCUUAUACAGAGGAUGAGAAAUCCAUUUUGAAAGAAAUUGAUGAAAUGCGAAAUGUUGUUGAUAAUAUGCUAGGUUUUGUGUCAUCAGGGAAUGCGGCAAUGGGUGAUGAAGCGCAACUUUUAGAAGCGCUGGAGAAACACCAAUUUGAUUUAAAAGCAACCUUUAAUGCAAAUUUUAUAACACAAAUAUUUUGGUCAAACAUUCAUGCUUUGGGUAUGUUAUACCUACCGUGUAUACAAGAACUCCUUAAGCUUACACUUUUUACAUUACAGGAAGCAUCAUCUUCUCCUGAUGCUAUGAAUGACUCCGUUUAUGAAGUUCUCUCUCAUGUGUUCACCUGGAAGUGCGUAGUGCAAAACAGCAAGUUUAUAGAGGUGGUUUGGCACUUCCUAAAUAUUUCUCUACAAUUUUUCCUUAGGUGUGCCCUAUAUACGAAAUGGGAAAAUACACAGUCUGAAGCUCAAAAGAAGUUGGAAGGGCCAUCUUUAUAUAUACAUAUCGUAAAUCAGUAUGUUGCUGGGAAUAUGGGAGAAUCUGAGGAAAUGACUGCAGAAUUCAUCGUUCUCCCGGUCGAGUUCAUUGAUACAAUAUUAGACGUUAUAAAGCAAGUCUUCAUGAUGCACUAUUAUAUGGAUCAUAUCAAACCGGCGGAUGUAAAUCUACUACAGUUUAUGAAUUUUGAACUUCUCAUCGCAACCUGCAUAUUUAUUAUGAGGGCUCCGCAAAUGGCCAUCAAGAACCUUACGUUAAAAUGCGAAACAGUGUCAUCUAUUGUACUUCACAUGUGCAGAACAGGUGAUUUGGCUAAUUUUGCGUCAUCUAAAACCGCUACUAUUCACCUUGUAGAUGCCCUGACCAAUAUAUUCAUAGCCUCACAAAAGGCGGAUUACAAUUCACGAGUCUCCUGCAGGUUAAACAUCAUUCAAAUACUCACAAAGCUAUUUGAGAUCGAAGCUUAUAGAAAUAGCUUUGUAAAACAAAUUAGUUCUAACAAGGAAAUUUUUGUCCAAUUUAUGCAUCUGCUUAUUAAUGACACCACCUUUAUUUUCGAAGAAGUUGUAACUUACCUUUCAGAAAUAAGGCGACGUGAAUUGUCUGGUACUACGGAAGAAGCGCAUGAUAGACCAACGGAAUCAUCAGACAAUGCGUCACAGAAUCCUGAGUACCAAAAUCAACAUAGACAAGACAACGAAUACGAAGUUGACCCUUCACUACAAGAUGGUAACGUUGAUGCUAAUCAACUUAGGGGAAUGAACUUCAACGAUCUCAAAAGGAGAACACGCAGCCUUGUUGAGUAUGGAUGGGAAAUUACAAAUCUGUUCAAUAUCCUAUGUAGAGAAUUCCCCACUGAAAUUACCAAUAUGUCUGUUCUCCUUCCGCAAGUAGCUUCCUGCCUUGGAUGCUGUCUUGACAAUCUAGCAGGAGAGAGCUGUACAAGGCUGAAAGUGAAGAAUAUGAUGGAAUACCAAUUCAAACCCAAAGAGUGGUUAACCAAUAUAGUAAACUGUUACCUUUCUCUAUACAGAAGCGAAAAUGCUUCGGAUUCUGAACGAUUUAUAAAAGCUAUAGUAUCAGAAGGACGAUACUAUAAGCCAAACACCUUCGAACGUGCAUACAGAAUAAUUACCAGGGAAAUGCUCCUACCCUCCAAGGACAGGCGUGACUUUUUCAACAUGUCACAGAAAAUGUGUAUGUUUGCAAAGGCUAACAGUACGCUAUACGAGAGUGCAAUGGAAGCUGAAAUUCCUGAGGAAUUCAUAGAUCCCAUUAUGAAUGAUAUUAUGGAAGACCCUGUAUUACUCCCCACCAGCGGUGUUAUUAUGGAUCGCAAAAAUAUCGAAAGGCACUUAAUGUCUGAGUCAACUGAUCCAUUUAGUCGACAACCAUUAGCAAAAUCAGACCUUGUUCCUCAAGUAGAUCUCAAACGCAGGAUAGACGUAUUCAUGGAAUCCAUUUCUCAAAAGAGAGAUAUUGGUGAUGAUUUCUAUCAAAAUUAGAUCAUUUCAACAUUCUAUAGACUAACGCAAUAGUAAUGUCUCAUUCUUC